AUGCUGGGCGCUAGUCCUUCAGGAAAUGCCUUGAACAGACACUUCUUCUAUAUCGAACUUGACACUCAGCCGAAAAGGGCUAACCCCUCUUUGGAGAUUACAAACAAACCCUUGACUUUUAUACUCAAAAUUGAACUACUCAAGAGAUAG